UCCUAUUUUUUUCUAAAGAUUGAUUUAUAAUUCUGGACAAAAAGAAUAUUAUAUAAUACCGGUACAUAAUUAAUUUCAGAUUCAGUUUGUUUAGAAACCAGGGUAGACAAAGUCGAGGGAAUAGAUCUAGACUAAGAAAGAGGGGUAGACCCACGAAUGAUCUACGCAUGCGCCUUUGCUGCUUACAGAAACCAGGGGUGUAUAUUUCGGGUGUGGAAAUUGCAAAGCUGAACAAAGUUGGUCUUGGCUCCACAAGAUGCAAAGAGAAACUAUCUUUAGAUUGGACCAAAGAGGAGAUGGACCAGUUUAUAAGGAGGAAAUACCCCUUGCUUGGAACAUCCACUUACAAACUGUGUAAACUGGACAAAAGAAAGCUGGAACCUCUGCCUGAACAUUCUACCACUCCAGCAUGUAUAAAGCAGUGGGGACAAAUGAAGUGUUCUGCAUUAUAUAUUAUGCCUGACGGUGAACUUGAUGUACACUGGGUAACCCUCCCUUUAUCAAGAAUCAAAUUUCUAAGCCUUAAAUGCAAAAAGACUUAUAAAUUAAAUUGCUGUAUUUCAUCAUAUUAGAACAAAUGUCACACAAAAAUCAUUUUAUACUAGGUAUUGAUAGUCAAAGUUCAUGUUUUAAAAGAAGGGUUGUAGAAAAUAGUAUUCAUUUGAAAGGAAACCAAAUCGCUAUAUUUUUAAAACUAUUUUUAAAAGGUUGAAUCAGUGACACCAUCCACACAGGAAAGCGACACGCCAGAACAGACACCUUCAGGCAGCAGUACUGGACAGAUACCCAGCAGUAUUAGACAGAUGUCCAGCAGUAUUGCACAGAUACCCAGCAGUAUUGCACAGAUACCCAGCAGUAGUGGACAGAUACCCAGCAGUAGUGGUCAGAUACCCAGCAGUAGUGGACAGAUACCCAGCAGUAUUGCACAGAUACCCAGCAGUAUUGCACAGAUACCCAGCAGUAUUAGACAGAUACCCAGCAGUAUUGGACAGAUACCCAGCAGUACUGGACAGAUACCCAGCAGUAUUGGACAGAUACCCAGCAGUAUUGGACAGAUACCCAGCAGUAGUGGUCAGAUACCUGGCAGUAGUGGUCAGUCCCAGGUUGAAUCGGUGACACCAUCCACACAGGAGAGGGACACACCAGAACAGACACCUUCGGGCAGCAGUACUGGACAGAUACCUAACAGUUUUGGACAGAUGCCCAGCAGUAAUGGACAGAUACCCAGCAGUAUUGGACAAAUGUCCAGCAGUAGUGGACAAAUACCCAGCAGUAGUGGACAGAUGUCCAGCAGUAUUGCACAGAUACCCAGCAGUAUUGGACAGAUGUCCAGCAGUAGUGGACAGAUACCCAGCAGUAGUGGACAGAUGUCUAGCAGUAGUGGACAAAUACCCAGCAGUAGUGGACAGAUACCCAGCAGUAGUGGACAGAUGUCUAGCAGUAAUGAUCAGUCCCAGGUAAACUACAGAUUUGUUUGUGCGGGUACACCAACGGUUCAGUUUAGAGAAGCUAACCCUUCUGUAAACAAUGCUGGACCAGUUAGACAGCUUAUUGAUUUAGAAACCAGGUCUUUCAUUACACCAUCAAUAGAAAAUGCCAUCAUUGACCACAACAGAAUCAAUGACUUUGUCCCAGAGGUGCUUCCUUCUGUAUUGUCAAGACCAAGUUCCUCUGUAGAUGAUAUAAAAGAAUUUAUACUACAAAAUCGAGAAAAUUUCAUUAAUAUGCGAUCCGAAGACCCUCUCUUACUAGAAGUAAGGAGGGAACAUGUUCUAAUGGAUGCUAUAGCUAUAAUCAGGUACUCCCAGGAAGACCUUCACAGUCCUCUCCAAAUUAAAUUUUGUGGAGAGCAGGGGGUUGAUGUAGGUGGACUAAGGAGAGAGUUUUGGAGUCUUUUUCUGUAUCAGCUCUCGCAUUCAAUUUUUGUGACAGGAAAGGAAGGAAGACUUAGUUUCCAAGCAAAUUUUAUGGAAAGGAAAAAGAACACUUUUUUCCACCUUGGACAGCUAGUUGCAUUAUCCAUUCUUCAAGAUGGUCCAGGAGCACCAAUCUUCUCAGAGUGUAUCACGGACUAUAUACUAAAUGGAAAAUACGAUUCACUGGACCCAGAGGAUUUGAUGGAAGGUCCAAAGGAAAUCUUGGAAAAAUUUGAAUUUUACGACACGUUUAAGUACGAAGACCCACUUGUGGUAAAAUGA